AUGUCCAAACGUGACCUGGAAACAGUUUGGCAGAAUAAAUUUUCACAGCCGUACGUGAGGGAGCAACGGCGCGAUCGACGGUAUACCUGCGCGUUUGGCUGUGGCAUCUCCUCCUCCCGCGCGGGGCAGAGAUCACGGGAGGGCAGCGGCGGCGGCGGCCGCCACAACGCCAUCCCCUCUCGCGUCGCCCAAAAGGAGAAACCAAAUAAUCGGACCCCCUUCACCGGACUUCCGCUGCCACCCGGGGCUGUUACGGACCCCGACCGGAAACAGAGUCCCCAGCUACUUCCGGCAAUAACAGCAGCAGCAACGAGGCGGCGUCCCUCCGUUAGGCGUUCCCCACGCUGGCUCUGUCACAUCUCUUGUCCUGGAGUGUACCUGACAGAGAAGAAAGAUGUUUAUCUCCACGUUGGCCUCCUGGGUCAGUGCAAGGAAACUGGUUGCCUUCCUCCCAUCUUUCCUCUCUUAUUUCAUGAGAAAAUGUGGUUUGAAAAGGUAUUUGAAAAGGCUACAGAUCCUGUCACUGUUGUAGAACUGCUGGCAAAAAAUGUAACUCAAUUUCGAUUAUCUGAACUGAUACCUUCAGAGAGAGAAGAGCUAGCUUUUUAUGAAGAGAACACUAGAGAUUUUUUAUUUCCUGAACCCAAGCUGACACCUACGUAUCCAGGAGUGGAUAGAGAGUUACUAAUGAACACAUAUCCUUCUUUCCCAGGCAUUGCACCAAAAUUAGAAUUUUCCACAAGAACAACUAUUACAGAACUCCCGCUUAUGCCAGGAAGGUGGUAUCGGGACAGAAAUAGGACAAGGUCACGAAGGGCCACCUCAGCAUCGCCCCAGCGAAAGAGCGUCUCACCGGCACGAUGGAGGACGACAAAGAAAAAGACCUGUCAGAGACUUACAAGGUCCUUACAGUCCCGCUCUCCAUCUCCAAGUCCAGCAAGGCGUCGCCACGAGCUCCUCAGGGACAGCCAGCAGCAGGGCUUGAGGUCCGUAAAGUUCAAAGCAGAAGCUGACCACAAGCCACCUUUUGUAGUUAGACAUGUAGAUACUUCUAAAUCAUUUGCUGAACAAACUCCGCUGCGAGUACUGGGUCGAAAUACAAGUCCUUCAAGAAGUCAUCACAAAUCUCAGUUAAAACGAGCAUUGUCGUUUGAUAGUUGGAAAGCAGCAUGCCCAGCAGCUAAGGUUAUCAGGGAGCCAAAUGAGCACUAUAGUUUGGAUCCUGCUUCUUCAUCUUUGGAAACAAAGGCACCUGUCAGUUACUCAAGCAACUCUCCUCCUGUUUCCCACAAUGCUUCAUUUGCCUCCUCAAAGCACUACCGGUCACCAAGUCCUGGUGCAAGAUGGGCGUCUUCUCAGCACAGGAUAUACUCCAGCCCCAGUCCCACCUGGGAAGAGAUUAAUGAAAGAGUGAGGAAUCUCCUAACCUCAGAUGAAGCCAGGCAGAGACUUUCUGUGGGAGCCACUGAUUCUGAAAUUGAUGAUGUCCUUGAAAGAAGGUCUGUCUCUUUGAGUAGUUCUCCACAGGGUGACUUGGUGGAAAAAAGAUACUGAUAUCUGGCACGGACAAG